GCAGAUGUGCCGCUGACGGAUUUCCUGCUGCAGCGCUGGCCGUCGUUCUUCAGCACGUCAUCCGUGGCGCGGCGGACGGUGGCGCGCGGCCGCGUGUGGAUGGCGGAGGAAGUGGUGCAGUCAGGUGCGCCAGGUGCCGAGCUGGGUCCUCUGCGGCAAGCGUGGUGGAGUGAGUCCAUCAAAGGAAAGACCAUUCUCUUCGUGCCUGACUAUCCACGACGUUCACCCCACGAGACCAAGCUGGUGGUCCUGUGGGAAGACGACCAUCUGGCGGUGGUGGUAAAGGAGCCUGGACUGCGCCUGUUUGGUGGCAUACGGACCUUAGCCAACAUGCUGGCGGCCAAAGAAGAGGGCGCAUCAUUGCAUCCUUCCAAAGAGGAGGACGCCUUGCCAGCUCCCGUGCCGUUGCAUUUUCUAGAAGCCGAGAUCGGUGGUUGUGUCCUUGUUGCGAAGACAGCGCGCGCAGCGCUGCAGGGGUUGUCCAGCCCAUCGCGAUGCUUUCAGGGCCUUUUCGUGACUGGCGGGGUCCUUUGGGACGAAGCAAAGCUUUUGGCGGCAACGGGGUGGACGCUACGUCGCAUGGAGCCAAGUGUCCGUUUCGGUCACCUCCUGGCGGCCGAGCGGGGCGCGGCCGAGCACUCGGCCGCCGCACUGCGGUGCAGCGCGGCGGAGUUGGCGGCGGCAAACGGCGCGCCGGCGCUGCUGGGAGAUGUGGAGUUCGGUGGGGAGGAAGCGCCACGGAUACGAAGGAAUCAGCUGUUCUUGGUUGUGAGUCGUUGGCACCUCAGGCAGGCGAGGUCUCAAAUUGCUGCAGCGCAGGAACGAGAUUUCCUCUUUGCAGACAAUUUGGAACCACAUGCCACCAGAAGGAAUCUGGGGCUUGGUCGAGAGGAAGGAGAUCCUGAAAGCACACCCAGAUCCACGGCUAAAACGGCACAGGAGAUCACGAAGCUGAUGGGCCCCGAGUGGCGAACGAAGUACCUGGUGGCUGCCACUGUCGCCCUUCAGAUCACCUUGGCAUGUUUUGCCAAGAGCUGGUCCUUCUGGACGUUCCUGGCUGGCGGAGAUGUCUUUUUUUUUGUGGGUUUUUGA